AUGUCACUCAAAAUUAAACCAAAAACUCUUCCAGAAGAUCAUCUUUCAUUGGCUCUGUCCUACAACAACAUCGGUCAAGUGUAUGACAACAUGGGUGACUACUCGAAAGCACUUGAGUUUUACGAAAAAGCACAUCAAAUCUUCGAAAAAGUUCUGCCUCCGAAUCAUCCCGAUUUGGCUCUGUCCUACAACAAUAUCGGUGGAGUGUAUAACAACAUGGGUGACUACUCGAAAGCACUUGAAUUUUACGAAAAAGCACAUAAAAUCUUCGACAAAGCUCUGCUUCCAAAUCAUCCCUCAUUGGCUACUUCCUACAAUAACAUCGGUCUCGUGUAUAACAACACGGGUGACUACUCGAAAGCACUUGAAUUUUACGAAAAAGCACAUCAAAUAAAAGAAAAAGCUCUACCUUCUACUCAUCCCGAUUUGGCUAUUUCUUACAACAACGUUGGUCAAGUGUAUAACAACAUGGGUGACUACUCGAAAGCACUUGAAUUUUACGAAAAAUCACAUAAAAUAAAAGAAAAAGCUCUGCCUCCAAAUCAUCCCGAUUUGGCUAUUUCCUACAACAACAUCGGUCAAGUGUAUUUCAACAUGGGUGACUACUCGAAAGCACUUGCAUAUUCUAAAAAGGACUUUGAAAUUACAAAACAAGUCCUGUCUGAGAAUCAUCCUGAUUUGGCUUUUCCAUAUAACUGGUUCGGAAAAAUUUAUCGCAGUAUGAAAGAUUACCCAAAAGCACUUGAUAAUUUCGAAAAGUGUCUCGCAAUAUGGAAAAAAGCCUUACGUGAUAAUCAUCCAUAUCUAGCUUUAACAUACAGUAAUAUUGGUGAUGUUCAUCGAUUAAUGGGUAAUUAUGAAGAGACACUUGCAUUUCAUCAAAAAGCAUUAAAUAUUCAAGAAAAUGUUCAAUGUAAUCCUCUGGAAUGUGCAACGACAUAUAUAAAUUUAGGUGAAAUUUAUCGUGAAAUGAAAGAUUAUUCAACGGCAUUGACAUAUUAUCAAAAAGGAUUAGAAAUACGUGAGAAGAAAUUACCAAAAAAUCAUCCUGAUUUAGCUGUUGUAUAUCAUAAUAUGGCAAAAUUAUAUUUGGCUACACGAAAAUAUAGUAUGGCAAUGAAAAAUGUUCAACAAGCAGUUGAAAUAGCUCAAGAAAAAUUACCUUCAACUCAUCCUCAUCUUUUGGAAUAUAAGGAAACAUUUGAAAAAAUUCGAAAGAAAAUGUAA